GCACCAGUAUCAGUAUGAAUGCGGCAACUGUGUGUAAAAUGACGAUAGAACCCACUUCCAGAACUCAAGUUUCAGCUAAUCCCAUUUGGCGGCCGAAGACCUCAAAUUCAAUCCGUGGUGGAAGAAGAAGAAACCCUAGCUGUUUCCGUUUGGCCGCUCGAUCAUCUCUAAUAAUCGAGACGGUGGAAGGCCAAGCUCCUUCAGAGUCGGACUCGAUUGCUCGUCGCCUCAUUCUGCUUCGACACGCAGAGAGUUCCUGGGAAUACCCUUCACUGCGAGAUCAUGACCGCCCUCUGAGUAAAGCUGGACAAGCUGAUGCUGUCAUAGUUUCUCAAAAGCUCCAACAGUUGGGUUGGAUCCCUGAACUCAUUCUCUCUAGUGAUGCAGUGCGAACAAGGGAAACGCUUAAGAUAAUGCAGGAACAAGUCCGAGACUUUCUGGAAGCUGAGGUGUGUUUUAUUUCAAGCUUUUAUUCCAUCGCAGCAAUGGAUGGGCAAACUGCUGACCAUCUUCAGCAUGUUAUCUGUAAACAUUCAAAGGAUGAGAUACUUACGGUAAUGUGUAUGGGACAUAAUAGAGGAUGGGAGGAGGCGGCUUCAACGUUAACAGGUGCCUCUGUAGAAUUGAAAACAUGUAAUGCUGCUUUGCUUGAAGCUACUGGGAAAUCUUGGGAAGAGGCAUUUGCGUUGGCAGGACCUGGUGGGUGGAAGCUUCAGGGCAUAGUGAAACCAAGUAAUAGCGUAUAGAAUUUUGGGAAAGUUCCGAAUACCUGUGACGAUUAACAACCCAAUAUCCAUCCUCCUUGCCCUCCCCCUCCCCUCCCAGCGGGAUGGCCCUAACGAAGACUUAGUUUUUUAUCUUUUAAUAGCUUUCGUUGGUUUUACUGUUCUUAACCAUCAAAUCCCUUUUCUCCCUUUUGGAGUAAAAGUAGGUCUUUAGAAAAAAGUUGCAGGGAACAUUAUGAGAAUCUCAUUCUGAGAAGCCUUCUGCGAAGUUGGGAUUGAUGGAAACCAAUGCUCAGUCAUUAAAGAUAUCAUACAGCUAAUGCUGCAUGUUGUAAUUGGUUGUAAUAAAUUGGAGAUCUUUGUCAAGCCUCAAGACUUUGCAAGGCCAGCAUCGAAGAGUUGGAACUUUCUGAUUGAAGAAAACUUUGUCCGGUUUGGUGUGAUUGGAUGUUUUAAGCUUAAAAGUGUUUUGGUAUUUCAAUCUAACGUGGCAAGUUAUUUAUUA